GAAGAUAUUCCAGAAAAUGAAACAGAUGUAAAGAAAUGUGUAGAAGAAAAAAGAUUUAUGAUACUGGAAAGGUUGUUGAAAAAGUUACUACAAGCUAUAUUGUUAAAAACAGUAGAAGAAAUGAAGCCAACACUAAGAGAAAAGUUAGUGUUAGCAAGACAAGUGAUACAAAAUAAAAGAAGAAAGAUAGAUAGUACAGAAGAAGGCACUGUCUAUAUAAGUUCACAAUCACACUGA